GGAUGCGACAGAUAGCUCGAAUUCGCGACUAGACUCGAGAGCGAAUACGGUCAGCCAUAGAUAGGCGCAGCAGGUGUGCACCUCCCAACGUCAUUUGGCUAGGAAGUAUAGUGUCUGCGCAAAUAUCUGGCGGUCUGAAGGAAUUGAAGUAAUUAUGUCAUGGACCCGCUCGUUCCUCGCAGCCUCGCUCCUGCCGAUCAUCUUCACCAUCACGAAUGUUAGCCAGGAUUAGGCGCGUCGUACGAUGUGAGGAAUGCGUAUCUGCACGCGCAUCUGUACCCAUGUCUCCCUUCUCUCGAGCAUCCCUUACCGCCCAUGGGCCCCUAAACGAAAUUGUUCCUCUCCUGGAGCCGCGUCGCUGGAACGCCUCUCAUGUCGCCUAGUCGCCGCACCCUCGCAUCCAAUCAGCGCACAGCAGCAGCAGAGGAGCGGCGCUCGUCACCCCAGGGGCGCACACCCGCGGACGAAUUGGAAUUCUCGAGCGGACUCAUCCCCUUCGAACACGGCGGAAGCGGCGCGAGCGCAGCGGCAUGUGCGGCGAGUGAAGCGGUGGUUCACGCGGCGAUGGCAUCCCGUGCCGCAGCAGUGGACGUGCAGCGUCGCAUGGCCGCCCCGAGAUUUUUGUCCGGCUCGCGAAGCGGCGACGCGGCGAGUCUAAAUUCGGAAACUCUCGCCUUCCUCCUCGCAAAUCCCGCUGCUGCUCUGGCGGCGCUGUCGCACACGUCGCCCAGCGCGCAGCUCCCGAGAACUCUGUCGCACAAUAUGCACUUUGGCGGCGCGGCUCCAUCGGCAUUGCCGAAUCCGCAAGCGACUCGACAGGCUUCACUUUCCGCAGCGGAACCAUUGGGCCACGUGGCGACUCCGAGUCGGUCAUGGCUCUCGCAACAAACCGCAAUUUACGGCGCAGGUAGCGGCGCGGUUAACGGUAGCGGCGAUCGGAUGACGCCUUCCGCAUCCAACGGCAUCGCCGCAGCGGCGUCGGCGCUGAACAACAACUCCCGGCAAACCGUUGACCUGCGCGCCGCUAAUCGCGCCGUUGACCGCGCCGCUGACUGGGUGGGCUGCGACGUGCCGGCGCUGUCGCACCUGCUGCUGCUGGAGCAGAUGCGGCAGAUGCAGCAGACGGAACAGCGAAGCAAGGCCACCACCGACGCCGCAAGACGCGGCGAGGCAAGAGGCGGCAGCAGUGAGCGAGCACGCUUCUCCGGGAGCGGCGCGUGGGUUAAUGGUGGCGGCGGCGGCGGUGGUGGCGGUGGUGGUGGUGGUGGUGGUGGUGGUGGUGGCGGUGGUGGUGGCGGUGGCGAGACUAACAUUGAGUCCGCGAUGUGGGGGGUGAGCGGGAGCGAGGGGGAGCACGCGGCGGGUGCGCAAAGCCCCAUGGCGGCGAAAGUGGCUCUGCUGGCGCAGCUUCAAAGCGCGCACGACUCGCUCCCCCGCCCCGCCUUCCUGUCGCCCAGCGCACCGCGUGCGACCCCCCCCGGCGGCGACGCGCCAUGGUGGGCCGCCGCGCUGGAGUCUCCGGCUUUCGCGCUCGGGGGGGCAGCACCUAAUACGGGACCGCGCGCGUGUGGCGGCGGGAGUGGCGGGCUGCAUGAAGCGGUUGCGGCGCAGCUGCAGCAGCUGCAGCGGGAGGAGCGGCGCGAGGAGCGGCGAGAGGGGGCCCAGCGAGAGGAAGGUGAGCGGCGGGAAGCGCGGACUAGUGACUUGGCGAUGAUCCACCGCGCCGCGAACGAGGCGCAGACAGCCGCUCAUGACGACACGUGCUCUCCACACGCGACGCCGUUCCCGCUUCUAUCGUUAGCACCCGAAUUCGAGGAUUUCCGCGGGCAGGGAAGGUCGGGAGGACUGAGCGGGGGAGGCGGCAACAGUGGCCGCCCCGCAGCGGGCCAUAAUCGCAGGGACGGCGGCGCGAGUGAGUCGUCCGACCGAGACAGUAACAGAAGUGCGUAUCGCAGCCUCGAGUCGUUGUCCAGGAGACAUACUCCGACCGCUGUAGCGGCACUGCAGCCCGUAGGCGGUAUCGCGGGAAGCAAUAGCAGGGAUGGGAUCGGGAGCAAGGGGCGGCAGCAGCAGUACGUGUUGAGUCCGUGCAGCGGCCGGAGUGCAAGCGAGCAGCGCUUCCAAGGCACGGACGGAAGGAGCAGGAGCGGCGGGGCCAUGGCUCCUCCGGCUCGCCCCGCGUCUGCAGCCGCCGCCAGUGGCGCAGGUGCAACCGUUGGCGGCGCUGCAGCCGCUGCUGGUGCUGCGCCCGGCGGCGAUGAUAAUGUGGCUCGGGCAGGCGAAAGCACGCAGGGGGCAGCAGCCACUUUGCAGGCGCCACGUGGCAGCAAGUCGAGGAGCGUUGGUCAGAUGCAGGCGGCUCAGAUUCUGCAGGCGUUGGAGCACGGGGCGCGGGAGAGGGUGAAGCGGCGGCGCACGCAAGAGAGGCAGAUGCAGCAGCUGCAGGAGGAAGAGCAACUCAAGGGUGGUCAUCCGGGGUGUGCGCCAUUGACUUCUCCAAACUCCGUCUCUUCAACCCCCUCCUUCGCACCAACUCCCACGCGUGCAGCAACCUUCACAGUGCCCCAUGCCCCACCCCAUGCUGCACAUACGCCCCUUGCACCCAUGGCAUCGGGCCAUGCCCCCCAUGCAACCGCGGCAGAGGCGCGGGGAGCGGCGCAGCGGCGCAGCGGGAGCGAGGCGGAGCGGCAGCGACAGGGGGAGAGGGUGGCGUGUGAGUGGGGCGAGAGAGGCCAGCGCAGCCACAGCGAGGCGGAGAAGCGGCGGCGCGAGCGCAUCAACCAGCAGCUGAACGUGCUGCGCGUGCUGCUGCCAGGCGCGGACAUGGGGAGGGCGGACAAGGCGAGUGUGCUGGCGGAGGCAGUGGCGCAGCUGAGGGCGCUGAGGGCAGGCUUGGGGAGGAGACGCGGGGGGAGGGGAGAGGGGGGGAAUGGGGCAGAUGGGGAGCAGCACGGGACAGGAGAGCAGGAGGGAGCAGAAGGGGUGGCAAGGGAGGUGCAGGGGGGAGAGGGCGAGGCAGAGGAGGGAGAGGGAGCAGAGGGAGCAGAGGGGGCAGAGGGAGCAGAGGGAGCAGAGGGGGCAGAGGGAGCAGGGGGGCUGGUUGCAUCCUGCCUGCUGGCGCAUGGCAGGGCGCCUGAGGCCACUCCGAGGGAGGACGAUGGGGUGGAGGUAGAUCUGGUGUGGGUGGAUGUGGAGGAUGAGGAGGGGGAGGGGGACGGGGAGGAGGAGGAGCAGGAAGAGACAGGCAGGGAGAAUGGGGAGGGGCUGACAGGGCGGAAGAGGAGGAGAGGGAGUGAGGGAGAAAGGGCGGUGUGUGUGUGCAUAUGGUGCGAGGACGGUGCUGGGCUGCUCCCUGCCAUCAAGGCGGCCAUCAAGCCCUUCCCUCUCUGCCUCGUCAGCAUCGAGUCGGCUUCCUGUGCUUCACGUGCCGCCCACGUGCUGCUGCUGCUUCAUGCCUGCCCCGCCCCUAUGACUGCUGCUGCUGACAGCGACCCUGCUGCCUCGGCCCCAUCUGCUCCCAAUGCUGCUGAUUCCAAGUACGCAGCUGCUACUUGGCUUCCUAAAGACGGUGCAUCAGCAGCAGCACCGGCAGGAAUGUGCGACGGUGGAGAGGAUGCAUCACAGGCAGCAGCAUGUGAGGAGGCUCAGGUGGGCCAGUAUGUGAGUGAGGUGCGGGCAGCGGUGGUGAAUGUGAUGACGCGAUGGAGAAGAGGGGAGAUGGCUAGUGAGGAUGGGCAGGAGGCGACCUAAGGCGUGUGAGUACACGGAUGGAGUAUGUGGGUUGGGCCUUCGUGAGAGAGGGCGGGUCAGGGCAGAGGUCAAGCCCCUGGCGGACUGGGGGAAGUACUUGCAUGGGAGGAGAGGAGUGUCACGGCAACAGAAAGCUUGAAAGGUUCGCAGCCAGCUCAGUGAAAGUUCCAAGGAAUUAUUCGCGGCAAAUUGGCACCAUUCAUUUCAUUCAUUCCUUCAUUCGUUCAUUUGUGCCGCAGCAUAUUAUUGCUGCUGCUUGUCGUCAUAGUUACCCAUUCUGUUAGUUCAUAUUGUCAUUGUUUUGCCUAUUAUUUAAUUGUCUGCAUUGCUAA